AUGAAGCUCUCCCUGGUGGCCGUGAUGCUGCUGCUGCUCAGCGCGGCGCGGGCCAAGGACAAGGACCUGGGCACGGUGGUCGCCAUCCACCUGGGGACAACCUACCCCUGUGUCGGCGUGUUCAAGAACGGCCGCUUGGAGAUCAUUGCCAACGAUCAGGGCAACCGCAUCAUGCCGUCCCAUGUGGCCUUCACUCCUGAAGGGGAAUGUCUGAUCAGCGAUGCAGCCAAGAACCAGCUCACCUCCAACCGCGAGAACACGGUCUUUGACGCCAAGCGGCUCAUCGGCCGCAGGUGGCACGACCUGUCUGUGCAGCAGGACAUCAAGUUCUUGCCAUUCAAGGUGGUGGAAAAGAAAACUAAACCAUACAUUCAAAUUGAUGUUGGAGGUGGGCAAACAAAGACAUUUACUCCUGAAGAAAUUUCUGCAAUGGUUCUCACUAAAAUGAAAGAAAACGCUGAGGCUUAUUUGGGAAAGAAGGUUAUCCAUGCAGUUGUUACUGUACCAGCCUAUUUCAAUGAUGCCCAAUGCCAAGCAACCAAGGACGCUGGAACUAUUGCUGACCUACAUGUUAUGAGGAUCAUCAAUGAGCCUACAGCAGCUGCUAUUGCUUAUGGCCUGGAUAAGAGGGAGGGGGAGAAGAACAUCCUGGUGUUUGACCUGGAUGGUGGAACCUUCGAUGUGUCUCUUCUCACCAUUGACAAUGGUGUCUUCAAAGUUGUGGCCACUAAUGGAGAUACUCAUCUGGGUGGAGAAGACUUUGACCAGCGUGUCAUGGAACACUUCAUCAAACUGUACAAAAAGAAGACUGGCAAAGAUGUCAGGAGAGACAAUAGAGCUGUGCAGAAACUCCCGCGCAAGGUAGAAAAGGCCAAACGGGCCCUGUCUCCUCAACAUCAAGCAAGCAAUAUUGAAAUUGAGUCCUUCUAUGAAGGAGAAGACUUUUCUGAGACGCUGACUUGGGCCAAAUUUGAAGAGCUCAUGGAUCUGUUCCAGUCUACUAUGAAGCCUAUCCAGAAAGUGUUGGAAGACUCUGAUUUGAAGAAGUCUGACAUUGAUGAAACUGUUCUUGUUGGUGGCUUUACUCAAAUUCCAAAGAUUCAGCAACUGGUUAAAGAGUUCUUCAAUGGCAAGGAACCAUCCCAUGGCAUAAGCCCAUAUGAAGCUGUAGCAUAUGGUGCUGCUGUCCAGGCUGGUGUGCUCUCUGGUGAUCAAGAUACAGGUGACCUGGUACUGCUUGAUAUAUGUCCCCUUACACUUGGUAUUGAAACUGUGGGGGGUGUCAUGACCAAACUGAUUCCAAGAAACACAGUGGUGCCAACCAAGAAGUCUCAGAUCUUUUCUACAGCUUCUGAUAAUCAACCAACUGUUACAAUCAGGGUCUAUGAAGGUGAAAAACCCCUGACAAAAGACAGUCAUCUUCUGGGUACAUUUGAUCUGACUGGAAUUCCUCCUGCUCCUCGUGGGGUCCCACGGAUUGAAGUCACCUUUGAGAUGGAUGUGAAUGGUAUUCUUCGAGUGACAGCUGAAGACAAGGGUACAAGGAACAAAAAUAAGAUCACAAUUACCAAUGACCAGAAUCACCUGACACCUGAAGAAAUCGAAAGGAUGGUUAAUGAUGCUCAAGGAGCACUGAUACUAGAAAAAAAAAAGCUCAAGGAGUCCACUGAUACUAGAAAUGAGUUGGAAAGCUAUGCCUAUUCUCUAAAGAAUCAGAUUGGAGAUAAAGAAAAGCUGGGAGGUAAACUUUCCUCUGAAGAUAAGAAGACCAUGGAAAAAGCUAUAGAAGAAAAGACUGAAUGGCUGGAAAGCCACCAAGAUGCUGACACUGAAGACUUCAAAGCUAAGAAGAAACUGGAAGAAAUUGUUCAACUAAUUAUCAGCAAACUCUAUGGAAACGCAGGCCCUCCUCCAACUGGGGAAGAGGAUACAGCAGAAAAAGAUGAGUUGUAGACACUGAUCUGCUAGUGCUGUAAUAUAGUAAAUACUGGA